AUGAAGCAAAGGACCCAGGAAGACAUAUCUCGUUCACGUUCACCGAGCCUCCUUGACACUUCCACUACAUCUUCGCUCGUGAGGAUAUCCUACUACUGGUCUAUACGAUGGCGUCAUUGUGGAACUACCUUGGACUUGAAAACGCCUCGACGGCUCCACCAGCCGAAAACGGUGCAGUGAGAGCUCUCCCGGCCCCAUGGUACACUUCCCAGGAGAUGUUUGAGCUCGAGAGACGGGCCAUCUUCUCCCGCAAAUGGUUGUUGACCACGCACCAACUGAGACUGCCCAACACAGGAGACUGGCUGCAGUAUGAAGUGUCCGGUUUCAACUUCGUGCUGGUUCGGGACCGCGAGGGAAGCAUCAACGCCUUUCACAACGCUUGCCGACACCGGGCCUUUCCCUUAGUCACCGAGGAGAAGGGGUCUUCUCGAAUCUUCGCUUGCAAGUAUCACGGCUGGUCGUACGGCCUCAACGGGAAAUUGGCCAAGGCCCCCGGCUACCAGGAUGUGGAUGGCUUCGACAAAAGCCGGAACGGGUUGUUGCCUAUCCAUGUCCAUCUCGACCACAACGGUUUCAUCUGGGUCAACCUCGAUGCCGGGGAGAAGCCGCAGAUUGCGUGGGAGGACGAUUUCAAAGGCAUCGAUGUCCAACCACGGUUCGACAUGGUCAACUGGGAUGAAUACACCUUCGACCACACCUGGGAGAUGGAGGGAAGCUACAACUGGAAGAUCCUGGCUGACAACUACAACGAAUGCUAUCACUGUCAGACAACGCACCCCGAUAUCCCGGCAUUGGCUGACCUAGCCACGUACUCGGUUGACACCAAGGAUGGCGGCAUCAUCCAUGACGCCCACUCCAAGCCGGACCAGAUCGCCGCGGGUCUCCGGAUUGCCAGCACGUAUUAUUUCCCGAACGCGUCCAUGACGGUCUCGCCACACUUUUUCUUCAUGCAGCGAUUUGUGCCGAUUUCCCCCACCCGGUCGGUGAUGAAGUACGAGGUCUACCGGAACAAGCACUCGAGCGACGCCGACUUCGAGCUAAUCGACUCCAUGUACAAGCGCAUCAUGUCGGAGGACAAGGAUCUGUGCAAUCUGACGCAGAAGAAUCUCAAUGCCGGGGUUUUUGUGAAUGGAGAGCUUCACCCGCAGAUGGAGAAGGGCCCGCUGUACUUCCAGAAGGUGGUCCGCGACGUUGUGCUGGAGCAUUCCCGACGUGAGGAGAAGGCUGGGCAGGAGAUCUGGCCGGCGCGACAGAACCUGCCCAAGGAGGCGUCGGCUAGUGCCAAGGACGUUCAGUUCUGCUCCAACUUGAGUUGUCAGGCGGGCAAGGAGUGCUGCUCCAACCUCGAGUCUCGGACACCAGCAACGGUCGCAUGGUGA